AUGGAGACGAGGCCCUUCAAAGCUCAAGACAAGACGAUCAUGCGGGAAGCCGUCGCGAGCUGGGCGAGCUACAGGUCCUACUUCGGGAACGGCAGGACGGGGGCAGCAGACCUGACGUGGAUGUCGGCACUCCAGCCGAGUUCGCAGCUGCUGUUGACCUUCAUCGAGGGGUUCGUCUACGGCAGCACGUUCAACAAUACGAUCCACCACCAGGCUCGAGCUUCGAGGGCAGUCGAAGACAUCUUGGAUAAUGAGACCGUCAGGGGCAGCCUCGACGAGGUCGAGGAGAUCUUGACAACGGAGGGCAAGGCUGCGCAAGACGCGGAUACCCCACCUUCCUUGUCCCUCGGGCCCGCCGAGUCCGAGGCCGCUGCCACGCCCAGUGCUGCCAAUUCGACUGCGGCCUCGGCGGCGCGGGAUAGUCGCAUCGAGGCGAAGUUGAAGCCCUUCUACUCGCUGUUUGGCGACAACUAUGCUAUCAUGACCGACGCGAGCAAAGCGAAGAUUUACCAGAUCGUGAACGGGUGGAGCGAGGAGAUCAAGGAGCGGGCAACCGAGAUCCAUGAGGCGUGCAUCCGGCAGGUGAACCAGACAGUCAAGCUGACUGUGAAGCCAACGUCUGAGAAGGCGUUCAAGCAGCUGAUGAACGAUUGCCACGUGGGCACGAUCAGGGCCGAGACGGGGGAGCAGCGCUACGUGAUCAUCCACUACGACCCUAAGCAAGCAUGCGAAGCAGCCACAAUGCCUCACAUUCGUGACCCACCCCUCCGCGGCAAGGGCGAGCAUCUCGACCAAUGCGUGAAUAUGAUGAUCAAGUCUCGUGGAUUGGAUGGCGCGUUGCACGAAGGCGACUUGUACAUGGUGCUGGACAACGGCAAGGAGGGCAACCACACGAAGCUGAUCAAGCCCUGGAGGGCUUCGAACAAGGACACGAUGGAACAUUCGAGGACCAAGCUGAAGAUCCUGUAUUCUGAGGAGGCUCUCAUGCAGAAGAGGUCCGUCGCCAAAGGCCCGAUGUCACUCAGUCAGGAGGAGACCGCGUUCAUCGUGACAAAGGAGAGUCUCAACAUCAAGAUGCAGGCAAAUCGGCACUUCAACGGGACCUCCAAAGGCUCGGUCAUCGGCUUCUUGGACAUGCCUUCCGUGGCCGCUGACUCCGUCGAGCGCCCUUGGGAGGCCACGUUCGCCCAGAAGAAAGACAUGUUCGGCAAGUCUGGCCGCGCCGACGUCGGUGGCGCUUCGCCCGACGGUGAGAACUACUGCGACAUGAAGGGCCAGCGGAACGACACGGACGUGGAGCCUGCCAAUUACCACGCGAUGCCGAGGAAGUGGUAUUCAGAAGUCAUCCAUCGCUUCAAGCCGAAAGCCAUCAUAGAUUUCACUGCUCACGAUGGACAGUUUGCCAUCGAAGCCAUCAACGAGAAGGUGCCGUAUCUAGGCUUCACGCAUACCCAGCUGCACGCUGACAUGAUGCACUCGUGGCUGGCCGCGAAAGUAUUUCAGGAGUUCCGGAACGAGGACAACGACGAUAAGUACAAGGCGGAGGUGGCUGAGUUCUACGACAGCCACAUGAAAUGCGCGUUCGAGAGCACCGAGACUACGGCAGGGGCACAGGCCGAGGCGAAGAAGAAGGCUGCUGCGAGGCGCCGUGCUGCUGCCAAGCGCAAGGCCGUCACUGCCAAGGCGAAGGCCAAGGCAACUGCCAAGGCCUCGGUUGGUGACGAGGCCGAGCCCGACGAGGCGGCCGAGGGUGGCGACAGCGGAGAGGCCGAUGAGGAGCCCGAUGAUUCCGCGCAUGAGUAG